AUGACUCUCGACGGAGGUGUUGAACUGCAGCGUAUUGGAACGAAGAGAAACUCGAUUGAUCCAUCGGUGCAUUCGGUCGUUCGCACCCAGCACUCGCUCUCAAAAUCCAAGCUCGAUCUGAACGAGGAGGUCGCAGCGGGCGAACCGAAAUCGUCGAAUGGGACACAUGGAGGUGCUCCGGCGCUGAAGGGACAUCCUCUCACCGCAGAGCAGAAGAGACUCGCCCGCAUUCAGUUUUUCGCCUUGUGCUGGACAUUAUUUCUGGCCGGGUGGAACGAUGGAACUAUCGGUCCUCUGCUGCCUCGAAUUCGCGAGGUUUAUGGGGUUGGAACGGCGAUUGUAUCCCUCACUUUCGUGUUCGCUUGCCUGGGAUUUGUGUCUGGUGCCCUGGUCAACAUUUAUUUGACAGAAAGGAUUGGUUUCGGGAAGACGCUUGUGUUCGGAAGCCUCUGCCAGGUAGCUGCCUAUGCUAUUCAAGCCCCCGCUCCUCCUUUCCCUGUAUUCGUAAUGGCGUAUGCGAUAAAUGGAGCUGGACAUGCCUUGCAGGAUGCCCAAGCCAACGGAUUCGUCGCCACUCUCCAAAAUCAUGCUGAAGCUAAAAUGGGCAUCCUCCAUGCUGCGUAUGGAUGUGGUGCCUUCGCUGCUCCUCUUGUCUCCACACAAUUUGCCCAACUCCCUCGAUGGUCCUUCCAUUUCCUCGCAUCAUUGGGACUCGCCAUUUCUAAUACCAUUUUGUUGGUAUUGGUCUUCAAGCUCAAGAGCCAGGAUGAAUGUCUUCGUCAAGCAGGAGAAGUUAUACCAGAACGGACGGCCGAAAGUGAACAAGGGACUUUCAAGACAGUCAUGAGGACUAAGGCAGUUCAUCUACUCGCCGUUUUUAUUCUGAUUUACGUCGGCGUCGAGGUCACCAUUGGAGGAUGGAUCGUUAGUUUCAUCAUCGAAGUUCGUGGGGGAGGCCCAUCGUCUGGAUAUAUCUCAUCUGGUUUCUUCGGAGGUCUGACCAUCGGCCGAGUUGCCCUCCUAUGGGUCAACAAGAAGGUCGGCGAGAGACGCGUUUUAUUCAUAUACUCCGUCCUGUGCAUCGCCUUGGAGAUCACCAUAUGGUUUGUACCGUCGCUCAUCCAGAAUGCAGUUGCCGUCUCGAUCGUCGGGGUCCUUCUCGGGCCCAUGUACCCUAUCGCCAUGAACCAAGCUUCGCGGAUUCUGCCUCGUUGGAUUCUCACAGGCUCCAUCGGGUGGAUCGCGGGAUUCGGUCAAGCGGGAAGCGCAAUUCUCCCAUUUAUGACAGGAGCCAUUGCUGCAAAUCAUGGAAUCAAGAGUCUACAGCCUCUAUUGGUCGCCAUGAUGGUAUUCAUGAUGGUUUUAUGGGCACUCGUUCCCACUGCUCGCCGUCCAGAUUGA